AUGAAUACAAUUCAUCCUGAGACCACUUCAGUUUUAGAGACAAUUAAAAAACUCGAUGAUUUAGCCAUCACUGCCUUAUCUUCAUUACGGUUUAAAUCAUUUGAUGAAUUUCUAUUGGAUACAAAAUCAUGCGUUUAUGACUAUCAAGUGUAUAAUAUAUUCUUAUGGAUGAUGCAACAAUUUCUUGAUGAAGAUUUAUACUACCUUAGGAAUUUAGAUGAAGAGAAAGCUAAGAAAGCAAUGAGAAAGACAGCGAAUUUUUGCUUACAAGGACAAACAUGGUCAUUUCCAUCUGUAACAAAAGAUGACAGUUGUAUAUCAUUUAUUUCAGCAAGUAUAAUAUUCGAUGAAGAAAAGUAUAUUCCAGAUGAACCCUUACCAUUGAAUCCUUUGGAUAAAUGUGUUUGA